CAAAUAUCCCAUCGAUUUACCACACUUCCCUACCAAAAGCAGGCCCGGCGUUCUGUUUCACAUUUUGCUUAGCAACUUAUUUUAGCUCCAUAAACAACUUAAGCACAGACAAUGGCCGAGACGGAGAAAAUCGAAGUGCGCGAUAUAACGCGCAUCGAACGCAUUGGCGCCCAUUCGCACAUUCGUGGAUUGGGACUGGACGAUGUUUUGGAGGCUCGCGCCGUCUCCCAGGGAAUGGUGGGCCAGAAGGAUGCCCGCCGAGCCGCAGGAGUGGUGGUACAGAUGGUGCGCGAGGGCAAAAUCGCCGGCAGAUGCAUCCUGCUGGCUGGGGAGCCGAGUACCGGCAAAACUGCCAUCGCCGUGGGAAUGGCCCAGGCUUUGGGCACAGAGACACCCUUUACCAGCAUGUCUGGAUCCGAGAUCUAUUCUUUGGAGAUGAGCAAAACAGAGGCCCUGUCGCAGGCCCUGCGCAAGAGCAUUGGAGUUCGUAUCAAGGAGGAAACCGAGAUCAUCGAAGGCGAGGUGGUGGAGAUACAAAUUGAACGUCCCGCCAGCGGCACCGGCCAAAAAGUGGGAAAAGUCACACUGAAAACCACCGAAAUGGAGACCAACUAUGACCUGGGCAACAAGAUCAUCGAGUGCUUCAUGAAGGAAAAGAUCCAGGCAGGGGAUGUCAUCACCAUCGACAAGGCCUCGGGAAAGGUCAACAAACUGGGAAGAAGCUUCACCAGGGCUCGGGACUAUGAUGCCACUGGCGCCCAGACCAGAUUCGUCCAGUGCCCCGAGGGAGAGCUCCAGAAGCGCAAGGAGGUGGUGCACACUGUGACCCUCCACGAGAUCGAUGUGAUCAAUAGCCGUACUCACGGUUUUCUGGCUUUGUUCUCCGGGGAUACUGGCGAGAUCAAGCAGGAGGUUCGCGACCAGAUCAAUAACAAGGUCCUGGAGUGGCGUGAGGAGGGCAAGGCUGAAAUCAACCCGGGAGUGCUCUUCAUCGAUGAGGUUCAUAUGCUGGACAUUGAAUGCUUCUCCUUCCUGAACCGCGCCUUGGAAUCCGAUAUGGCGCCCGUCGUGGUCAUGGCCACCAACAGAGGAAUCACUCGCAUCAGGGGCACCAACUACCGCAGCCCCCAUGGCAUUCCAAUUGAUCUGCUCGAUCGUAUGAUCAUCAUCCGCACCGUCCCAUACUCCGAGAAGGAAGUCAAGGAGAUUCUGAAGAUCCGUUGCGAGGAGGAGGACUGCGUCAUGCACCCGGAUGCUCUCUCUAUCCUGACGCGUAUCGCCACUGAUACGAGUCUGCGUUAUGCCAUCCAACUCAUCACCACCGCUAACUUGGUCUGUCGCCGUCGCAAGGCCACCGAAGUCAACACGGAAGAUGUCAAGAAGGUCUAUUCCCUGUUCCUGGAUGAGAACCGUUCUAGCAAGAUCCUCAAGGAGUACCAGGACGACUACAUGUUCAGCGAGAUAACCGAGCAGGAGGAGCAGGAUCCGUCUUCGGGAGGGGGAGCCAAGCGUCGUGCGGAGUCUGGCGGCGGAGAUGCCCAGCCAAUGGAGCACUAGGGGGUAGAAUUUAAAAAGAGCAUCCUCCCCGUACAUUCUCAUGACCAUUUUAUGAUCAAUAAAUAAGUUUCCUUGUAUCUAAAUGAA